AUACUGUGCUAUGCUGCUUUUUUUAACUGCAGGAUUGGGCCAGUUGUUACAGACAUACCUUCUGCAGACAAAACACAUUUUAAUACAUCGACCAUAUGUGACCUUCAUUAGCUUAGAAGAACUGAAUAUAUUUCCAGAUCUUAAUCAUGAAACACUUUCCUUAGCUGAAGAACUAGUGAAACUGUCCAGUUUUGUUCUGAAAAUGAUGUUGCCAUUUUGGCUCGCUGCUUUAACAGCUUUCAAGCAAGGCAGGUAUGCUGAUUGUAUGAUUCUCUUACUCCCUCAGCUGGAAGUUGGACUUAGAUUGUUCUUCACUGCUACUAAUAAAUGUCCAAAUCGAUUGCUAACAGCUGAGCCUUCUGCUCUCUACACCACUUUUGAUGAGAUGCUAGCAAAACAUUUGAAUAAUGAAGAAAUCAAUCAGCUUCCUCUAGUUCUUGAAGAACCUGCAAUGGAGUUUCUUUGGGAUUUCUUGAAUCACCAGGAGGGUCCACGGGUAAGAGAUCAUUUAAGCCAUGGAGAGAUCAAUCUUAAAACAUUUCCCAGAGAAGUUGCCAAUCAGAUACUUGCAUUUGCAGUCACACUUCUGUGCAGAUUUUCAGAUGAGGACAUGAUUGCUUUUAAGGAACAUGUGGUCAUAAAACCAUUGAUGAACUGUGCAAGUUCCUACUGUUCUCGGUUUCAUCCAAUUUCCCGCCUCAAGAAACAGGUGCUGGAAUGCAUGAAGAGCAUUCAUUUAUGGUCUGAACUACCAGUUGUGCCUGAGGAACAAGUUCAAGCAAUUAAAGGGUUUGAAGGAAAUGCUGAAGCUACUAGUGCUUUUGUUUCAAAAACAUCGGAAAUUCUCUCUCAGUUGCAUCAGUAUAUGCCCCACAAUUGCUACAGUUCAGCUGAUCCGGUGAAUAGUGACCAAACAGAUAGGCUGUUAACUGAACUGUGUGAUAGGCGCAUUUGCACGCUCUACUCCCAGCCGUCUGUUCUGGAAAUAGUGGUGGUUCUCCGUAAAAUAAUCACACAGUGCCAUCAAGUGUCAGGACAAGUUAUUGCGAGCAUUGAGUUGAGAUACAAGCAGUGGAUAAACAAAACUCUGCGUUCUCGCCAGAGGCAGAACUAUCUAAGAAUGUUAAACAGCAUUAAAUUUUUGUUGCCUGUGUUACGUCUGAUCUUGGUGCUAAUAACUCUAGAACUAGUCAAUAUCCAUUUGGUUGAGAAGAAGAAUGCAUCUGAUUAUCAGCAGUAUCUAAAGUUUUUGAAGUCCAUUUUGCAGUAUACUGAGAACUUGGUGACAUACACAAAUCCAGAGAAAAACAAGUGGGAUGAAACCAUGGAGCUUACAAACAAGGCUUUGGCAAAAAUAAAGAGUUUCAAUGACAAAAAACUAAUGUUAAUGCAGUUAGCUACAUAAAUCAUUUUAAGAUUAUUUGGACA